AUGGCGAGUGCCCACGUGACCACUGAGAAUCAGUAUAAAUGGGUGCCACCUUAUAGAAACAGUAUCAGUCAUCCCAUCACUGGUGUGUCGUCUAGUCAAUUCGUCGUCGCUGUGUUGUCCGCCAUGGUCUGCUCUGCCAUGGCCCAAGUGUCUCUCCUUGGUAAAGGAGUUGGGAAUUUCGGUGUUGGCUUCAACAAUGGACACAUUGCUGGUAAAGGCUAUGGCUACAACCCAUACAAUAACUAUGGCUACAACGGAUACGGAUACGGUAACGGUAACGGUAAAGGCGUUGGCAACGUUGGAGUUGCUGGUACAGGCUAUGGCUACAACCCCUACGACUAUGGCCACAACGGCUAUGCCUACGGUAAAGGUGUUGGCAACGUUGGUGCCGGAAAGGUUUACAGUAACGACUACAACCCCUACAACUACAACAACAAUGGCUACGGUAAAGGUGUUGCUGGUCACGGAGCUGGUCUUGUAGGAUACGGACCUUUCGUUACUGGACACAGUCCCUUCAUUGCUGGACACGGCCUUUACGGACAUGAUGGCCGCAUUGCUGGACAUGGACCUUUCGUCGGAAACGGUGUUUAUGGACAUGGUUGA